AUGCCCCUAUUUCGAGAUCCGGAUCGGCGGCGUCAUUAUCUAUGGUCACCCGACCAUGACAACCAUGAACAGCCAACGAUAGAGUCCUCACAGCCCCAGCUGAAUGUUAUCAAUCACCGUGAGAUAGCUGCUCCAGAAAUAGCAACCAACUCUAUACAUUCAACAGCGUUAAAUCCGCCCAAGACGUGGGCAAAUGACCGGGAGGAGCUCAUACACCGUAUCAAAGAAUCUUCGCCUUGGAGACUUCAACACAUGUCCCCGGAUAGAGAAAACAAUGAUUUAUUUGUUUCUCAAAUAUCAUGGGAGCAGUCAUCAACAGCAAUGAGAGAGCAUGAAGACCGCUCUCUCAACCAAGGCUCUCUCAACCAAGGCAAUCGCAUCAACGCGACAGAGGAACUGGGAUCGCCGGCCGAUAUCCAGAGACCUCGGUCAGCAUUACACUCAGGUGAUUUUGGGGAAGGAGUCACAGAUCCCCAUGACUCACACUCUCCUCGAUCUCCUUUGACUGAGCAGAGUCCGGCUUCUCCCUUUGCGGCUUUGAGAUCUUCACCCACAACUCCCUGGUUUGCAGCAGCAGCCUUGCCACCCGAUUUGCGAAAGACAAGCACAUCAAAUGAACAUCAUCAGUCCAACGUUAUCGUGAAUGUUCGUGCUCGUGCACCGUCGGUGGGCUCGUUUUCAUCAAGUUAUGUCCUGAAAGCUCCUACCAGUCCUCUAGUGUACCAAGCAAAUAACACCGACUUGGACUUUUCGUCCCGUGUUGACCAUGAGGGCGCUUUGGAGCCUUCGGAGAGAUCAAACCGUCGCCGUACUUUGCCGCCAGACACUUUUGGGAAUCUUCAAUUUUCCUCGCCAGACGAUGAAAUCACAAAUCUCGGUAGUCCAUCUCCGCUUGGACGACAGCAAGAUAUCUUUACCAAUCAAACACAUUUGCCUCGCCGGUCAUUAAAUUCAACAUAUAGUCUUCAACUCGCACCGUCUUCUGGGGGGCAGAUUCCACCAUCACGAGUAAGAAGGCCAUCUAUUGUCUCUGACAUCUCGUCAAAAUCCCACGCGCCGAUGGUGGGGUCUUAUGAGGAGUCGAUUUUGUCCGGAAGAAUGUCAAUGAAUCCUUCCAAGCCGCUGGAUUUCAUAGCUCAAAUCGGUGUCCUGGGCAAGGGAAAAUGUAAAGGCCAUCUCAAAUGCCCGCCACACGUUACUGUGCCAUUUCCGGCUGUUUUUUUCAGUUAUCCGACCUCGGGGUGCGGCCGCUCAAUCUCAGACGACAAUCCCAGUCCGUAUGUGGGAACAAUUGACCUGGAAAAUUCCCUCCCAAGAGAGAACCCCAAUCCGACUCGACGUCGCAGGCGACAUCCAAGUCCCCAAGGACCUCAUGAAGUGGUUCCCCCAACGGACGAAACAAACGAUAUCCACACACCUGGUGCUGGUGCUGAAUCACGACGCCUUCGUGAAAAGAAGGGUCGCAGGUCACAGUCGCCUAAAUGUCCCCCAAAAGGGUCUUACCGCAUUCCGCAGCAAGGUCAACUACAAAUCAUAAUAAAGAACCCGCACAAAACUGCGGUCAAGCUUUUCCUAGUCCCAUACGACCUCAGUGAUAUGGAACCUAGUACAAAAACCUUCAUUCGGCAACGCAGCUAUUCGGCAGGUCCGAUCAUCGAUAUGCCGCUCAGUGCACGGAAGGAUUUUGGGACUGAUCGCCCCGAAGCUUCCUUGAAUUCCACACAAGAUCCUCAGGACCAGGACAAAUCCACUUUGCGAUACCUCAUUCAUCUCAAGAUCUGUUGUCCUGCGCGCGGUCGCUUUUACCUACAGCCGUCUAUUCGCGUGGUAUUUGCAAACCGCGUGCCGGAUGGCAAGGAAAAACUACGGAAUGAGAUACAAAUCCCCGAGCCUCGGUAUACUCCGUACAAGCCUUCUUCCAUCUCGAGUACUGCGAGCCCAAAUACGAGCCUACAAACUAAACACACUUCCCGCGGACCGGGAAGGGACGAAGGACCGAUCCCCCACCUCCACCCACACGUGUUGUCUCCUAGCCACUUCCCCUCGCAGCUAGAUGAGCGAAGUCCCUGGGAUAGUGCAGCUGGCUCUGCAAAUACUCUUUGCUCGCACAGUGUGUCUCCGUACAAUAAGCUCACCAGGGACAGCGAGCAUUACGGACGUCAUCCUUUUGCCUCAAAUCCAAGCAGUCCAGAACCAGGCGAAAGCCUGCUCGCCAAGAGACUUCGAGGCCUCGACGUACACAGACAGGAGACCACAGUAGAUGAACAGCAUCCCCUUAAAUUAGGCUUCUAUGAUCGACCAUCUCCCACCCACGACCAACGUCUUCGCUAA